GUGGCCACCACCCUCGCAGGACUACGGUCAGCGGAAGGGAAAGGCUAUUGAGUUCGAUGUGGUGAGGUACAUCCGAUGCAGCAGCUGAGAGCUGUCUUUUACAACUUCCCAGUAGAACGCGAGGCGUUACGCGGGCUCAAUUUCUCUCCCCCGGAACAGGUAUCUACUAGAGGAAGCGGCGCCGCGAAACAGCGUUUUACGCCGGUUUGAAGAACGGCAUGUACAGCUCUACAUUCUAUAAUAGAAAAAAAGGACUUGUUCUUUGAUGUCAGAUCGAGAGAAGCCGGUAAGGGAGACGUCACCCUAGUUUUUUCUUACGUCGUUGCUGGCUCUAAGUGCUGCUUUAUAUGGUUGGUCUCCGCAUACAUUCAGCAGAUAGAGACAACUUUCCGCGUCUGCACGAGACUUCUGCUGUGUGCCUCGUCGCGGCACCGCGCACACAUACGCCAACGUUCAGCAAGCAGGGAAGAAGGAAAAGGGGAUCUACCUCUUUCCUGAGUGUUUCGUACGCAACUCUUGCUGUAUAUAUAAACAAAAAUAACUUACCUUUUCUCUCGUAGUCGAAAUGCGUGAGAACAUCUCAAAACAAUAAUAAUAAAAAGGGCGUGUGCUCGUGCGUUGUUUAUACACCAGAAAGCUUAUCUUUGUUUCUUUCGUCAUCUUGCUUCUUUGUCUUCUGUGUUUGGUUUGUCCAGUUAGCCGAGAAGAAAGCGAGGCAGCGAGACUGGCCAUGCUCAAGGCAGCUGCGCACGCCUGCAAAGAACAGCACACCAAAAUAUAUAAAAAAUAAACAAAAGAUAGCAGUUUUCGUGCGCUUAGAGUUGAGCGAGAAAGCACUCUUCGCGUGCACGAGCUGCAGCCGUCACACUGCGGUGCCCUGUUGGUCUUUGGUGGGACGGAGGGUACACAUGGAUGUGACCUCUCUUUUUGCAAGAGAGUAAACACGUGCUUUGGUUAUCUUCCCUUCCCUUUUUCUUCUUCCCUCAUCCGUCAUUCAAGCGUGAUGAAACCCAUGAUAGAGCAAGCGCCACUCAUCUGCCUUCUCUCACCCUCUUACUCCCUUCUCUUUUCUUUUUCUUCUCUUCUGUCUUUUUCCUAUUUACACAACAACGAUAACAACAUAAAACGCGUAUGCCGAUGCACCGACGUGAAGUUAUACCUCCAUCUGUUCCUCAAAAAAAAUAAAGUCCUUCUCACAUUUGUUACAUCAUUUCUUUCCUUUAUUUUUUCCCUCGUACAUCUAUUACGCCAUCCCCAAUGGACUUCGCCUUCGACCUUUACACGUCCGUCCUGCCGGUGGACAAGGAUAAGCUGACGCACCAGAUGUUCAUCUUUUGGCUGAUCCUUGCCACGGGCGGCACCUUCAUGUAUCUCGCCUUCGCCUCGAUGUCGUACAACUUCUACUUCCGCCGCCUGAGGCGCCAGUUCUUCCCGAAGACCAUCGACCCGGAGGACGAGGCGGAACUGUGGCGGCAGGUGAAGCACGAGAUCUGGAUCGCGACGUGCUCCAUCCCGUUCAUGGCGAUCCUGAUGAUGCCGGCGGCCACGUUCGCGCACCGCGGCUACAGCCAGCUGUACCACAACGUCUCCGACUACGGGUGGGGAUACUUCCUCGUGUCGCCCCUGCUGUUCUUCUCGUUCACGGACUUCAUGGUGUACUGCUUCCACCGCGGCCUGCACCACCCCAUCAUCUACAAGCGCGUCCACAAGCUGCACCACACGUACAAGUUCACUACUCCCUUCUCGUCGCACGCCUUCAACCCCGUGGACGGCUUCGGGCAGGGCGUGCCGUACUACAUCUUCGUGUACCUCUUCCCCCUGCACAGCACCCUCUUCAUCUGUCUCUUCGUGAUGGUGAACUUCUGGACCAUCUCGAUCCACGACCAAGUGGACUUCGGCGGCCACUUCAUGAACACGACGGGCCACCACACCAUCCACCACGAGCUGUUCAACUACGACUACGGCCAGUACACGACGGUGUGGGACCGCCUCGGUGGGUCGUACCGUCCCGCAGAGCAGACGCACCAGCUGACGACGCUGCUGCACGCGUGCGACCAGGACUACGUGGACCCGGUGUACGCGACGUACCACGACGAGAAGGGUUUCCUGGCCGGCCGCUUCAAGGAGGAGGCUGCUGCGCGCCACAAGAAAACCGUGUAA